UCAUGAAAAUUCAAUUUAAUUUUUUGUAUUACAAAAUAUUCUAUUUGAGGUGCGAUAAUUGAUAUACUGCUUUCACAGAUAGUUGAACCAGAUCGAUCGAUCUUGCUCUUCAUCUCAGUGACAUUUGUAGUGUGAGACAAAGUCAGAUGGAUAAAAGUUGGAUAAAUCAGCAUAGGUUGCAUCCAGAAUAUAUAGAAGGGGUUAAGGAAUUUGUUAGCUACUACUGUGGGCUUGCUGUUGUGUGAUGCAAUAGUCACAAAGUUGCCAAUUAUUUGCAAGUCAAUACAGAUGCCGAUGAGUCAAUGAAGAAAUUUGUUUUGGCAUCUGUUGGAAAAAAAUGGUGAGAGUGAAAGGCUAGAGUUAAACAAAUGGGGUAUACGCCAUUCAACAAUGAUGCUGAUAGGUUAACUUAUCGACUCGAAAGAGUAAAUGAGCAUCAAUGGCGAAGCUUAGUCUAUUAUUGGGGCACUCGAAAGGCAGAGGUAUCAUUUAAAUUGUUUAUUGAUCUCUAUCGUAAUCUCAUAAGAUGAGUUUGUUAAUUAAUAAAUUAUCUUGUGUUUGUGCUCAUAUGUAACAGAAAAAAAGUACAAAAAACAAAGAAACUCGGAAGAAGAAGACAUUAAAUCACAUAACUGGCAGAAAACCAUUCUCAGUUGUUUGAGUAGAGGAAACUGAUAAGAAGAAUGAAGUUCCUGCAACUCGCUUAGAGGUGUGGAUGGCUGGGUACUCGAAGGAUAACAAACCAAGUAAUAAUAAAGUUGCUGCGGUCAUGGUAUGUAGCACCAUAAUUAUAAUAAUGCAUUUUGCAGAACAUUGACAGCUAUGAUUAGUUUGAGAAAUCAUUUCAAGUGCUCACUCUAGAGACUAAGUGGAGCACUGGCUUCAAGAUGUUUAUGAUAUCAACCCAAGUUCUAGGGCCUGAGCGACCUAGUCGUGUUCGAACAUAUGGAUUGGGUCCUUCUCCGACUGAUGUCUUUGGAGGCAGAUACAGGAAAUCACAAGAACAAACUCGUAUCAUCCAAACGCAAGUCCAAGAGCAACUUAACCAACAUAAAGCACAAAUGGAGAUUCAAAUGAAGGAGAUGAUGGAUGCUAUGCUUAAUCAACAGAAAGUACAAAUGGAGAUACAAAGCACAAUCCAAGCUCAACAAGCACGAAUAGAGCAAUUGGAGUCUAAACAGGCCAUGGGUGGGCCUGUUGCACCAGCUGCUACACAUGUGCAUUCACAACAACAAUCCCAUGCAUACACCUCCUCGUUUAAUUGCCAUCGUUCGUCUGAGGAAGUUCACAUAUCAAAGAAAGAAAAGAAGAAGAAGAAGAAGAAGUAGAUAUGACAAAUUGUA